AUCACCGUUAAAGCUUCAGCUUCAGCCUUCGCUUUCGCAGGCGCCGCCGCGCCAAUACUCAGCCAGCCAUUCCAUUCGGCCUCCGUUACUGUCACAGAAUCCGACAACAAGCGACGUCGUUUGAGAGUCUCUUAAGUAAUUGAAAAUAUUUCCUAACAAUAGAGAGAGGACUCUGCCGCUUUAAUGGAGGACUCGCCGCCGCUGCACAAAUUAGUCCUAAAUACACCGGAAACCGCCUAUUCUUUCCCUCCGCGCCGUCGCCGGCCUCUCCCCAGCCGUACUUGCGGCGCGCUCCUCCAAAUUAUCUCCCUCCACCGCCCCCAGCUUCGAGUUAAAGAGCCAGUUUGUGAAGAAGAUGGAUCUAUCACUCAUGAUCAGGUUAUUUCUACGGAGACGUUGGCUCCACAUCUUAAUAGCAAGGGAUCAGAGGAUAAGGUAGUUCUAGAAACAUUUGAUGGGGAGGGUAAGGAAAAUAAUGGUGUUCGGGAUUUUGAUGGUGAACAUGAAACAGGAUCAAAAUUGCAUCAGCCAGAGUUGGUACGAGACAGUGAGAAGCAAUUAACUCCCCCAAAUGAAAUCAGCAUCGAGGACUAUAUGGUUGUUGAAGAAAAGGCGGAUGAUUGUGCUGCUCGGAAUGCUAAAGAGUUAGAAAAUGUGAAUAGCAUCCUUGACAUUGAGAUGGAUGAUAUUGGUACUUUAAAAAAUGUUGAACUGGGGAAGGAUUCUUGUUUUGAUCGGUUCAAUGAUGUUUUUGACUCAUGUUUUGGCUCAGACGUGGCUGUUGAAUCAUUAGAAUCCAGACUGCUCAGCCAAGAGAAAGGCUCUGUUUCGGAGGUGAAUUUAGUGAAGGAUAUGGAUUAUGAAUUGCAGAUGAAGGAGAUGGAGCUAGAGAAACUCAUUUUUAGUUCUGGCAAUACAGAGGCAUCCUUAUGUCAAAAUGCUGGAAGGAUUGAAGAAGGAGAGAUCUCUGGGGAUGUUGGGAUUGCUGAUGAGUCAUUUGAUGCAUCACUCGGAGGGGAAACGUUAGAAAAUUCGGAUGCUACCAAGGGUUAUAUCGAUAGAGAUAAACUCCUCUCUGAGGACACAGAUAGAGGACGCCAGCAACACGGAAUGUCCAGUCCAUCACUGGCCAACGUAGCAAAUAUUGAGAGUAAUCCCAAGGAUGAGAAGAACAGAUUACCUGCUAGACAAUUGCGAGAUUAUCAUGAUUUGGAUGAUCUUCGUCCGAGUCAUAUGAAGACCCCCAAACGUCGUGAUACACCCUGUGGUUUGGAUAAACAAACUCCACCUGGAAGAAUCCUUCUGGAGAAUGCUGCUGAAAAUCAAACUUCUAUUACCACCGAAAUGGAUGAGAAUGCUGGAAAAAAUAAAAGGAAGAGAAUUGUGACCAAGGAAAGAAAAGCUAAGAAAAAGAAGAAGGAAAGAAUUAAAAGAGCAGAAAAGAACAGAGAACAGGGGGUUGAGAGAUUAAAGCUGCCAAUGAUUAUGAAGCCAAAGCAGAAAGGGUAUUGUCGCCACUAUCUAAAUGGGAGAUGCUAUGAGGGCAAAGAUUGCAAAUUUUCACAUGAUACAGUUCCCUUGACAAAGUCUCAGCCAUGUGGCCAUUUUGCUCGUCACGCUUGCAUGAAAGGAGAUGAUUGUCCGUAUGACCAUCAGCUAUCUAAAUACCCAUGCACCAAAUAUACAAAUGGUUUCUGCAAUAGAGGUUCUGAAUGUAUGUUUUCACAUAAGAUUCCAGCCAAGAGUUCUUCUGAGACCCCAAGUACCUCCAACCAUGGUUUGAUUUCUCAGCCGCAAACAGUGCCUGGAAAAGAAGGAUCUCAUUCAGUGUUGAAGGCCGGUAAAUCUGAACUGAAGUCCCCAUCAACACCGAACAACCAAAAUUCUACCAGACCCAUGGAUAGUUUCGAUACAUCUCAUCAGAAAGUUAACAGUAGAUUAGGCUCCACCACAAACUCUGCUCAGAGAGAACAGCUAGCUUUGAAGCCUGUUCCAAGGACAAGUAGGCCAACACCCAGAGGAGUUAGCUUAUUGAAUGCGGCAGUGCCACUUGAUGACAAUGGUAAGGAAAAACGGGACGGGUCCUCGGUAAAAACAAUUGAUGGCAGUGUUGCUGCUGGCUGUAAAGGGACCCUUGAAGUGGCAGGUCCCAAAAGUGAGUUGAAUCCAAGCAAACCACGGGGAAUAAAUUUUCUCUCCUUUUCCCAACCUCCUUCGGAUGAAUCUAGCAGUAAGUUUUCGUCUAGCUUGCUUCCCACUCCUAAUGAUGGGACAGAGAAGUCAGUCAUGUAUGAUAUAGGCAAAGGAAAUUUUACUUGCUCGUCAGACGAAGGUGCCGGAACCUUGAAUGUUAGGAGAAUGAACCAAAGCGAUACCAACCUAGUAUCAGACGUAAAGGCUAAUGAAACUCCUCCGACUGUACCCCGGAUUGCAAAUUUCUUGUCGUUUAACAGAGCUCGUGUGGAUGCAUCCACUUCAAAGGAAAAAGGAACUCUUGAUUCUAGUAAAAGCGACACUGCUAUAUCGCCUGUUAAAGAGAGGAAGAGCACAAGUGAGCUUCAGGAUAUCACCGGAACACCUUCCCCCUUCUCGCGUAAGCAGGGUGCAAAUUACUUGAAGGCUUUCCAAUCAACAUUAGCCAUUGCUGCACAGCUUGAACCUGAUGUUAAAGUUGGAUUACCAUCAUCAACGGAUAAUUUAGAUGUGAGUACUUAAUUUUGCAAGCGUUACUUCAUCCAAAAGGUAUGGAAUCUGCUUACUCAAUCAAUGAUGUGAUGCAUAUUGAAUACUACAUGACUGAGUGGUUAAAGCAGCGAGGGUUUAGCCGAGUGGAGUUCAUUCGUACAGCAAGCUUGCUGUCGGUGGUCGUUAUUCGUGCGUUGAAGGUGGUCUUCGAGUUCCAAGCGUUUGUGAGCAAUAAAAGGGAUCCUAUUUUUGAAAAAUUCAAGGAAACCUUGAGUUUAUAAACUGUUGGAAGUUUUUUGGAUAAAUUUAUAUACUGGGCAGUAAAUAGUAGGAAGAGAGUAAUAGUUACCAUUGCCCUAUUAUUAAUUUGGGUUGAUAAUACUAUUCAUUUUUACUAUUAUUAGUUCAUGUGGUAACAUUGCACUA